AAAGAUCACUUUCUCAAGUUACUGAAAAUAGAAAACCACUUAGACUCUAAGUUAGAGUAACUUGAUUCAUGAUCUUUACUGCUAAAGAAAAGGGUCAACUAACAAAGAUGUGAUAUUUGACACUUUCUGAAUGGAGGAUUGUAAACAUGUUCUCUUGGGAGUUACAGGCAGUGUAGCAGCAAUUAAAGUUCCUGAGCUGGUGAAAACCCUCUCAGAACUGUCAAGCAUCAAAAUACAAGUGAAGGUUGUGAGUACAGAGAGAGGACUGCAUUUUUUUGAUGCUGCCAAACUGCCUGCAGCGUGUCAUACUGAUGCUGAAGAAUGGGAAUGGAAGGAGAAGGGUGACCCUGUGCUGCAUAUUGAGCUGAGGAAAUGGGCUGACUUGCUCGUCAUAGCUCCACUGGAUGCCAACACUAUGGCCAAGAUGGCUACUGGACUCUGUGACAAUCUAUUGACGUGUGUGGUACGUGCUUGGGACCCUGUCAAGCCCCUCCUCUACUGUCCUGCUAUGAACACCCUAAUGUGGGAGCACUCCAUCACAUCCAAGCACACAGCUGCACUGGCUGACCUUGGCUAUAUCCAGGUGCACCCUGCCAUUAAACUGCUUGCUUGUGGUGACCAUGGUAUAGGAGCUAUGGCAACUGUGGACAACAUUGUGCAGAAUGUAGUGGAACAUUUAAAACAUGUGCAGUGACAGUCCUGAUAGUUUGUGUUUUGUGGUUGUUUACUCAGUUGUGUAUAAUAAUUAUGUCUAGUCAGUAAGAUAACACACUGUAUCGACA